CGACGCGUCGUCGUUCGUCCGCACGGUUCGAACACGCACUCACGCCACCGCACCCACGCAAAACAAAAACACUCACUCACAAAAUGAACGAAGCCACCAUGUCCAUGUCCGGUCGCAUUGUCGUCGGCGGUAACGGUUCGUGCGCGGAAGAUUCUUUUAAAAUCUCCGCCUCCGCGCCGAUCUGCAACGGCUCCGGUUCGGUGUCGCUGAACGCCAAGCCGAACUACCGCCCGAGCAUUUCUUCCAAGAAUGGCGUGUCGCACAACAUCGACGCCGAUUCCUUGGUUGGGUUGUCCAACAUCUCUGAUUACGAUGUUACCGUGAACAAGUCCGCGGAACUCGCGGGCCAAGACUGCGACGUCUCGCUCGGGAUCCAAAACAUCAAGUCGGGUCAAGCUGGUUCUUUGAGAAUCUCCACCAACCACGACAAGCUCGGCGAUGUCACCGUGACGCUCGCGCAAGCCGGCUCCAAGGUCGACGGCGACACGCAAGGCGCCGACCGCGCCUCCGUCAAGGUCAACUUGACCGACGUGCUCAAGGUCAACGACGUCACCGCGUCCGUCGAAUACGACGUGCCGAGCCAAAACGCCACCGUCGACUUGGGUUACACGAACGGCGACGUCAACCUCGGCGUCAAGUCUGUUGUCAACGUCAACUCCCAAAAGGCGACGCACAAGGCCACUGUCAACUACUCUGGCAUUGAAGGCGUCGGCGUCAAGGCUGAAGUCGACCAAGAUGUGAACGGUAAGCUUUCCGUCACCAAGGACAAGUACGAGCUCCGAGUGCCGUUCUCCAAGGACGGUGGCGUGAACCCGGACGACGUCCAACUCCGCAUGACGUGGAGCCAAGACCUCUAAGUGCGUUUCGCGAAGGGUCGGUUUUUGUGUACGUAUAAUUUGACCACGCUGAAGUACGAUUCCCCCGAGUCUUGAGUGGGCCGGUGUAAGAGGUACGUGAGGCGGUGUGAGAGUAAAAACGCUCUUUCACUAGAACAUAAUCUUCAUGUCCGUUUGUUAUGGGAACUCACGUAAAUAAUGUUUCU